AUGGCUGAAACAAAAGUGCAAAUCCUGUCUGAUCUCCACCUCGAAUCCCCUAAUGGAUAUGACAUCUUUCAUGUCGAACCGAACGCGCCGUACCUGGCCUUGCUCGGCGACAUUGGCUACAUCAAGGACGACGGCUUCUUCUGUUUUCUUCGCCGUCAGCUCGAGGUUUUCCGUGUUGUCUUUCUGAUUCUAGGAAACCACGAGCCAUAUUACAGUAGCUGGCCUGAAGCUAAGGCGAGAGUCGAGACGUUUCGGAUGGGGCUCACCCAACCCGACCAACUUGUUGUCCUCGAUCAAACCCGUUACGACCUGUCCCCUACAGUCACUGUUCUGGGAUGCACACUGUUCUCGCAUGUGGCGCUCGAAAAUCAAGACCGUGUCAGUAUGGGACUGAACGAUUUCUACCUUAUUGAUGAUUGGACAGUUCAGUCGCACCGGAAAGCGCACCGUGCUGAUGUCGACUGGCUUAAUGCUGAGGUCGAGUGCAUAUCGCGCUUAGAACCCCACCGUGAGGUGCUGGUGUUCACCCAUUACUGCCCCCUAACUGAUGAAUAUGUCACCGAUCCCCAACACCAAAGCAGCGCGAUUUCAUCUGGUUUCAUGACGGACCUGUCCACUGAGCUGUGCUGGAAAGCGCCUGUUGUGAAGGUUUGGGCGUUUGGGCACACCCAUUUCAACUGCGACUUCCAAAAUGAGAAUGGGAAACGCGUCAUGUCAAAUCAGAGAGGGUACUACUCUUCACAGGCUACUGGUUUUAAUGUCUCAAAGGUUAUUCACCUUUAG